UACCCUAAUUCUUUCACGCAGGUAGCACCGUACAACGUUGGUUGUUCUAUAGCUCCUCUCUAAGGUGCCGUGGAUGAUGAACUGAAUUACCUGAAGAUCCUAGACCUAGGGGAAGAAACUCUGCACUGUAUCUGUACGAGUAAAGAAGCUUUUGCCUGUUGCCUGUGAAGAUGUGCUCUGGGCUUUUGUUAUAGGUCCUUUACUCUAAGAUCCAAAGGUCUAUGCAUUUCUACAUCAAGGGGAUUCGACAGUUGUUCAGUGAUGUGGACAAAUGUGUUCAAGAUUGGUGGUUUACAUCACAUAUCGUGGUUUCAGUUUCUUCCUAAUGAAUCUGAGCUCAAUUCUCUGCCUGAUAAGAGUGUGAAAGUUGAUCAAAAAGCUGCUGCAUCAUGGCUUGUGCUCUCAUCGCAUCUACAGUUGCAGAAAGAAGGAUUUCUGAGCACUUGGACCAAUUCUUUUGUGGGACCGUGGGAUCCGUCGCAGGGCCUUCACAAUCCAGAUGAAAAGAUCAAGCUCUGGCUUUUUCUGCCUGGGCAUUAUUCGACUGUUGUUGAGAAGGCUCAGCCUGCUGUUUCCAGAUUAAGAGUUCUUGCAUCUGGACUCUGGGUGGCUCCUGGGGACUCGGAAGAAGUUGCUGCAGCUCUAUCUCAUGCCUUAAGGAACUGUGUGGAAAGAGCACUGAAAGCAUUGUCCUACAUGAGAUAUGGAGAUGUAUUUGCCAGAUAUUAUCCAUUUUCACAUAAUGAAGAUUCAUUGCGGAGAGGCCAGCCAGUGAUUGAAUUCUUCUUUACUUCUACAGAGGAGGCAGUGUUUGUGCAUGCUGUAAUAUCUUCAAAACAUGUACGAGCACUUGCAAGUGGUGACAUUGAGAAAAUAUCAAAACGUUCAUCACACUCUUCCGGAAACAGACUUCCAGUUGUUGUAUCACCUCAUGGAAUGCGUGGGAGGCUUACUGGAUGUUGUCCAAGUGACCUUGUGAAGCAAGUAUAUCUCAGUUCUGGCAAGUGUACCUCUUCAAAUGGGAUUGUGGCUCUACCGUACCAUGUAUCUCAAGACUCUGGUUGUCAGCUGAGGGGACUGAACUACUUUGUUGAAGUUACCAUUGGGUGUCCUGCCACGGGAACUGGCAAGACAUUGAGACCACAUUCAAAUUCACAGAAAAGCCUCCCAGGCCAUAAUAUGGCAGAAUCCCAAGCAGUUGCCAAAGUUGGUCAGAGCAGGGCACCAGAUAUUUGUGAAAGAAUGUUCAUUUAUCCUAGUGAGGCUGUUCUAGUUCCAGUCAUGCAAACCGCCUAUGCUAAAUCAUCUCUCAAAAGAUUCUGGCUACAAAACUGGAUUGGGCCGUCAUUGUCCGUUUCUUCCUCCUUCAUACAUUGUGACUCAAAGGGUAAUUCAAGGGAUGUAUCUUGGAUUGAAUCAAAUGGAGUUCGCACUCAGCACGGUUAUCGUAGUAGCAGCAAUAGCAACAAUAGUAGUCUUAGUAGCAUUAGCAGCUCUUCAAGUGACAGUGAUUACAGGGCAGGUGAUCUUGAAGCAGAUGCUGAUUCUUUAAUGUGUAGGCAGUCUGGCUUAUCUUCUUCAGAUCAGUCACACAACGUUAGUCUUAAAACGCAGGGCUUGAAGCGGCCAAUAACAGGGGUUUCGGAGUCUUACUCUCAGGCAGGAGUUACAAAUUCACUCAAUAAUGAUUACACUUCCAUGGAAGUUGGAAAUUCAGCCAUUACUGGAGGAAAUGAUCAGAUUGGCCUUCAGUGGGGUUGGGAUGAUGAUGACAGAGGUGGUAUGGAUAUUCAAGCACUUCUCUCAGAGUUUGGGGAUUUUGGCGACUUCUUCGAGAAUGAUGUUUUGACUUUUGGGGAGCCCCCAGGAACUGCAGAGUCCCAGGCUCUUGUGUUUACAGGGGCAGAUUGCGGUGAUAUUGGUAACAGUCCCUGUACAUCAGUAAUGGAUUUGCCAGAGCAGAUGCUUGCACCUGUAGGUUAUCAAUCAUUUGAUAGUUUUAAUCCACCUCCUUCUUUGGCAACAAUAGAUGACUCUGUGAGCAAGCCUCAAGAAGUUAUAAAAGGCACUGAAUCUUCAUACCAAGUUAACAGCACUCCUGCAUCUUCUACUGGGGAGUUUGAUCAUUUGAUAAAGGCUGAAGCUAUGAUGACAUUUGCUCCAGAAUAUGGAGCAGUUGAAGCCCAUGCCAGUGAGAUCUCUAACUCAGUCUUUGCAAGCCCAUAUAUCCCAAAAUCCCGAAAAGUAGAGACUGCAAAUUCAAGCACGAAUAGCUAUGUAUAUAGUGCAAAUCCGCCUUCUUCUCCUUUGUUUGGUGGGUCUGAUGAGAAUUCUGGCAUGGCUGCAAAUUUUAAGACGUCUGCAGGAAAGCAUGAUGCAACUUCUACCCUUCAAUCAAAGAAAUAUUAUACUCAUGUUGACUGCAGAAAGGAUAGAAAUGAUAAAAAGUUACCUAACUCUGAGAACUGUGCUACUCAGGAGGCUCAAGCAGCAGUAUCUGCAUUUUCUGUUUUAGAUUCUACAAAUACUGUUAAAUCUGUCCAGAGCAAAUCUGGUAAAACAGAUGAUGGCUCAUUUAAAGCUGAGAAUGUUGUCCCAUCAAUUAAAACUCUCUUCGCAACAGAAGUUGAAUGCUUAAUGUGCCAGGCAUUUAUGUGUAAGAUACGACAUACACUGCUAUCAUCCAACAAUCCUCCUGUUGGUAGCAGGUUUUCUGCAAGUACCAUUUUGAGCCAGCCACCUGCUGAUUCUAUUGUCACAAUUGACAAUAUGUCAAGCAAAUAUGAGGUGAAGAAGAAAGAAUCUAUACCAGCUAGGAUAGCUGGUGAUAUUGAUGUAAGAUUAUUAGAUGGCUCAUUUAAUUCGCCAGUUGGUGUUUUGCGUUCUGCUUCUAAAGGCUCAAAGCUGAUGUCAUCUGGUAUAGAAGCCUGUCAAUCUGGACCACAUAAUUCAUAUGUUGAAGAAAAUAUGCUUUCGUAUGGGCUGAGGCAACCACUUCAAGAGCUUCUUGAUGGCAUGGCAUUACUUGUGCAGCAAGCCACAUCAUUUGUUGAUGUGUCUCUGGAUGCAGAUUGUAAUGAUGGACCCUUUGGUUGGCUUGCACUGCAGGAACAAUGGAGGCGUGGAUUUGCAUGUGGGCCUUCUAUGGCCCAUGCAGGCUGUGGGGGACUUUUAGCUUCCUGUCAUUCACUGGAUAUUGCUGGUGUUGAACUUGUUGAUCCACUUUCGACUGAUGUUCAAGCUUCAUUUGCAAUUAGUUUGCUGCAGUCUGAUGUCAAAAGUGCUCUCAAAUCUGCAUUUGGCACUUUGGAUGGACCGCUAUCUGUGACUGAUUGGUGCAAAGGUCGUGCGCAAUCCAAUGAUUCUGCAAUUUCAGGCGAUGGAUCUUUGGCAGAGUCCACUGCAAGUGCAAGUGAGUGUCCAGAUUCUUCAAAUACUGUAACUUUGUCUGUUGGGGAACCAAUAAGUCCAUCUCCGUCAUCUGCCAUGGGAUCAUCAUCCCUCAAAGAUGGAUCAAGAGGGGAUGAAGCAACAGAGCGAAGAUUAAGUCAGGAUGCUUUAUCAGAGUCAGAGCAGCUAUUAAAUGCGCGGCUCAGACCAACUAUUGCUGCAGUUCCAUAUCCUGGCAUACUUGUUGGGUACCAAGAUGAUUGGCUUAAGACAUCGCCUAGCUCUUUACAACUCUGGGAAAAGGCUCCUUUUGAACCUUAUGCUAUGCCAAAAAAUAUGUUGUACUAUGUUGUAUGUCCAGAUAUUGAUCCCUUAACAAAAGCUGCUACUGAUUUUUUUCAACAACUUGGAACUGUUUAUGACACUUGCAAACUGGGUACCCAUUCACCUCAUUCUCUGGGAAACGAGAUGGAGAUAGAUUCUGGGAAGAACUCAUCUUCUGGUUUCGUUCUAAUAGAUUGCCCUCAGUCAAUGAAGAUAGACAGCAGCAGCGCAUCUAUGUUGGGAUCGAUCAGUGAUUAUUUUCUCUCUCUCUCCAAUGGUUGGGAUUUGGAAAGCUUUUUAAAGUCUCUUUCAAAAGUCCUCAGAACUUUAAAACUGAGUUCAUGCCUGAACCCAAAAGAUGGAAAAAGUGGUCCAUGCACGGUCAUCUAUGUUGUAUGCCCCUUUCCUGAGCCUCUUGCGGUCUUACAAACUGUGGUUGAGUCUUCUACGGCUAUUGGAUCAGUCAUGUUUGCUUCUGACAAAGAGAGGCGAUCUACGUUGCACAAUCAAGUUGGGAAGGCGUUAAGUUACUCAGCAGCGGUGGAUGAAGCAUUCUCGAAUGUUUUGACUCUUUCGGGCUUUUGUAUCCCUAAAUUGGUUUUGCAGAUAGUGCCAGUUGAUGCCAUUUUUAGGGUUACAAGCCCUCCACUUAGUGAGCUUGUCAUCCUGAAGGACAUUGCUUUCACUGUUUACAAUAAAGCUCGUAAAAUUUCUCGUGGAUCCUCUAAUGACAUGGCUCCAUCUUCCUUAUCAAGUAGAUCACAUCCAGUCCUCAUGCAAAUGACUUCUCCUGUUCCCGGGAUGUGGAAGGAUUAUGGUGCCCGGGGUUCUUCCUUCCAGAGGGAGGGUGAACUCGAUGCUAGCUUGAGGCAUGGUACUUGGGACAGUUCCUGGCAGACAUCAAGAGCUGGAGGAAUUGGAUGCGAUCCAAACAGAAUCGGAGACUUUGUUUUCCAAGAUGAAAUCCGUUAUUUGUUUGAGCCGCUUUUCAUUCUUGCUGAACCCGGUUCUUUAGAUCGUGGACUUUCAUUCCCGGUUUCUGGGAACCUUGCAUCUGAAUCUUCGAAACAUUUGUUGGAUGAUGUUGUAAGUGGAAGCGGAGAUGUUGGAUCAAGCUCUAUGCCCGAAAUGUCGGAAUCAGAUGGCUCUGGAUCUUGCCACCAAAAGCUGCACUGUUGCUAUGGAUGGACUGAGGAUUGGCGAUGGCUAGUAUGCAUAUGGACCGAUUCAAGGGGAGAGCUGCUCGACAGUUACAUACAUCCCUUUGGAGGAAUAAGUAGCAGGCAGGAUACAAAGGGUCUACAAUCGCUUUUCGUCCAAAUUUUGCAGCAAGGGUGUCAGAUACUUCAGGCGUGUGCCCCCGAUGCUUCCAUUGCAAACCCUAGAGACUUUGUGAUUGCACGCAUAGGAUGCUUCUUCGAGCUCGAGUGCCAGGAAUGGCAGAAAGCGCUAUAUGCCGUUGGGGGUUCUGAGGUGAAAAAGUGGUCUUUACAACUCCGACGAUCUGUACCUGACGGGGUUACUCCGAGCAGCAAUGGAACUUCGUUGCAACAACAGGAAAUGAAUCUAAUACAAGAGAGAACGCUACCGUCUUCCCCUAGCCCACUGUACAGUCCCCACUCGAAGGCUUCUGCGUUCAUUAAAGGUGGUUUGGUACAGCCCAACGCGAGGCAGCAGCUAAUUGGCGGGCACACUAUAGUGGAUAAUUCUCGAGGUUUACUUCAGUGGGUCCAAAGCAUUAGUUUCGUCUCGGUCUCAAUUGAUCACUCGUUACAACUCGUGGUUCAAGCAGAAUCAGCGUCUCAAGGGACAAAUCAAAGCAGUGGCGUUUUAGGGCAGCCGAGUUAUCUCGAAGGAUAUACUCCCGUGAAGUCGCUCUCGUCUACUUCUUCAUCCUACGUAUUCAUUCCGUCACCCAACAUGCGUUUCCUUCCCCCCACGAUUCUUCAGCUUCCGACAUGUCUCACCGCCGAAUCCCCGCCAUUGGCGCAUCUUCUCCACAGUAAAGGCUCCGCAGUCCCGCUAUCCACAGGCUUUGUGGUUUCAAAAGCCGUACCUUCGAUGAGGAGGGACGCCAGGAACAUUUCGAAAGAAGAAUGGCCUUCGGUUCUUUCGGUCAGCCUUGUCGACUACUACGGAGGCAACCGCGCCCCCCAAGAGAAAGCAUUGAAGGGCGGUGGCAGCAAAGCCGGGGUAGGAAAGGGAUUGAGCUCAGAAACGCGGGACUUUGAAACGGAGACCCACCUGGUUCUCGAGAACAUAGCUGCAGAGCUCCACGCUCUGUCGUGGAUGACCGUAAGCCCCGCCUACCUGGAAAGGCGAUCCGCUCUCCCUCUUCACUGCGACAUGGUGUUGAGGCUUCGGAGGCUGCUCCAUUUCGCCGACAAGGAAGUUUCUCGGCUGCCGGAGAAGGCCCAAGUUUAGGAUUAUACAGAAAAAAAAAUGUAACAUAUGGGAAAUUAUGGAUGAACUCUUUUUGACUUUUUUGUACUCCACAGUCCACCCUUGUAGAAUUAGCUGUAACUUUAAAUAUACACCAUUGAAGCCUGCAGAUUGCUGUGUAUCAUCUGCAGGGUAAUAUGUUUAGGAGAUCUUAUAGAUUAAGGGUUAGAGGGGAGUAGAUCAUGAAGAUUCUGUAAAUAACAUUCAGAAUAUCUAUAUUCACCAUAGCCAAAUAGGGUUCCAAACCUUCAGGAGAUACAUGUGAAUUUUGCUGUAAUUUUUCUGGGUGGUUAAUGUAAAAUUAAACAGUUUGUCCUUUGGACAUCAUGUGGAUGGUGUUGAUGAACAGUUAAUGAAUAAUUUCAUGAUAAUGAUGUCUGAUAA